AGUUAAUUCAGCAUCAAGUAUUGCAGAGUCUUGUGGUGUUAGUCAGGCUUUGUGCCACAGAGGUACAUGAUGAAGAACAUGAUUGUGUCUUUAUUACUCGUGUGCGGUGUGUUUAGUGUUGAUGCAGAUGAAGUGAAGUCAGUGAUGGAGGGAGAUUCUGUCACACUACACACUGAUCUCACUGUCAUACAGACAUCUGAUGUGAUACGGUGGAGGUUUGGAGAAGGUGAAUCCAGGGAUCUUUUAGUUGAUAUUGCUAAUAACAAUAUUAGUUAUAAUGGUCCAUUCAAAGACAGACUGCACGCAGACAUUCAGACUGGAGAUCUCACCAUCACAAACAUGAGAAUCAAACACUCUGGACCCUAUGAAGUACAGAUCAGCAGAGCUACAACAACAUACAAGAGAUUCAGAGUUAAUGUCACAGUUGCUCCAAGUGUUAUCAGUGCUGGUGAUGUGAAGUCAGUGACUGAGGGAGAUUCUGUGACUCUACACACUGAUGUCCAAACACAGAGAGAUGAUCUGAUACUGUGGAGGUUUGGAGAUGAUGGUGUUCUCAUAGCUAAACAUGAUAAAGAAGACAAUAAGAGCUCAAUAUAUGAUGCUGAUGGGAGAUUCAGAAACAGACUGAAGCUGGAUCCUCACACUGGAUCUCUCAUCAUCACAAACACUAAAACCACAGACACUGGACUUUAUAGACUAAAGAUCAGCAGCAAUAGAGACACAAAAUACAAGACAUUCAGUGUUUCUGUCAGUGUCGGGCGCAAAGCAUGCUGGGAAUCUUUUCUGCGUACAGGCAGGAUCUGCUCUACACUCCACUGCGGCAGCAUAACACACUGCAUGAAAUCAUGCCUGAGUGACAUUUCUCUCUGGAUGAAGGACCAUCACCUGCAGCUGAACCUUGCAAAAACAGAACUGCUCCUAAUCCCAUCCGACCCUGAGAGCCAUCACAAUUUAUCCAUUCAAAAACCUGGGAGUGGUGAUCGAUGAUCAGCUUACCUUCACAGAUCAGGUUGCCAGCAACACUUGGUCCUGAAGAUUCAUCCUUUACAAUAUCAGGAAAAUUAGAACUUUCCUAUCUGAGCAUGCAACACAAGUCCUAGUCCAGACUCUUGUACUGUCCAGACUGGACUAUUGUAAUGGUCUACUAGCUGGACUUCCUGUUUGCGCAACAAAACCUCGAAAGAUGAUCCAGAAUGCAAUGGCAAGAGUGGUAUUUAAUGAACCGAAGAGAGCACACGUCACCCCUCUCUUUAUUAAGUUACAUUGUCUCCCUAUAGCCGCUCGCAUCAAAUUUACAUUUAGUCAUUUAGCAGACUCUUUUAUCCAAAGCGACUUACAGGUGGGGUAGGCAAUGGAUAUAAUUGGGACAGCAUAAGGAGAACAACCAUAAGUGCAACCAAAAAAAGAAGACUGGCCUCAUAUAACCUAACACAGUAUACAGGGCAAAGUUAGAUUUAUUGAUGAUUAUUUAUUUAUUUUUUAAAAAAGAGUAGAGAAGAAGUCAGAACUGAUCAGUAAGAUGUUGAGGGAUGAGCUGUGUUUUCAGACGUUUCUUAAAGAUGGCUACAGAAUCUGCAGAUCUUGUAGCAGCGGGCAGAUCAUUCCACAUAGGUGGAACCGAUCCAGAGAAGGUAUGUGAGAGAUUUUUACCUUUUUGGGAUGGCACCACAAGACGUUGUUCGUUUGCAGAGCAUAUGGAUCUGGGAGGUAUAU